GAAUCAGCAGGUUUGGUUGUGAAUAAACUCACCCCACUUUCACAGCUAAGUUAACCAGGAAGCUCAGACUGCAGUAAACUCACAUGCUAAGAAAACUAAGAACACAGAUUCAUUUGACGAUGGACCGUCAUGUGGAAUAUUUUUGAUGGACAGCUUUAAGAGUACCUGCUGUGGAUGUGAAGAUGUUGAGAAAUGAAACAGGAUCAUAACUAAACUGAAAGUGAAACUUUGAGGAAGGAUUUGUACAUGUAACUUGUUAAAAUGGCGUCUAAAUGUUUUUGUGAGGAGGAUUUCUCUUGUCCUGUGUGCUGUGAGAUUUUUAAAGAUCCCGUUCUGUUAUCCUGUACUCACAGCGUCUGUAAAGACUGUAUUCACAGAUUCUGGGAAAGUAAAGGAGCUCAAGAAUGUCCAGUUUGCAGAAGAAGAUCGUCUAAGGAACAUCCUCCAGUAAACUUGGCUUUAAAGAAUCUGUGUGAGAGUUUCUUACAGGAGAGAAGUGAGAGAUCUUCAUCAGUCUGUCAUCUUCACAAUGAGAAACUCAAACUCUUCUGUCUGGAUGAUCAACAGCCCGUGUGUGUCGUGUGUCGAGACUCCAGAACACACAACAACCACAAAUUCUGUCCUGUCAAUGAAGCUGUCGAAGAUAAUAAGGAGAAACUCAGUGCUGCAUUAAAACCCUUACAGGAGAAACUGAGAAUAUUUGAGAAGUUUAAACAGAAUUUGGAUAAAACAGCAGAACAUAUAAAGAUUCAGAGUCGCAGCACAGAGACGCAGAUUCAUGAAGAGUUUGAGAAACUUCACCAGCUUCUACAUGAUGAAGAAUCAGCCAGAAUAAGAGCACUGAGAGAGGAAGAGGAGCAGAAGAGUCAGAUGAUGAAGGAGAAGAUUGAGAAGAUCAACAGAGACAUUUCAUCUCUUUCACACACAAUCAGAGGUGUAGAGGAGCAGAUGACAGCUGAAGAUGUUUCAUUCCUACAGGUACUUCAAUCUUCACUCCAAUAUAUGAGGCUCAUUUUCAAUCAUGUCAAUCAUGUCAAUUGUGUGUUUGUGUUUCAACAGAAAGUGAAGAGCACGCUGGAGAGAGUUCAGUGUGGAGCGUCAGAUCCAGAGAACAUCUCAGGAAUGAUGAUCAAUGUAGCAAAACAUCUCAGCAACCUGAAGUUUACUGUCAUACACAAGAUGAAGGACAAUGUUCAAUACACUCCAGUGACUUUAGAUCCAAACACUGCUCACUGUAAACUCCUCGUGUCUGAUGAUAUGAUGAGUGUGAGAUUCAGCGAAGAAGCAUCAGAGCUGAUUCCUGAAAAUCCAGAGAGAUAUCGUGAUUCUGUGUAUGUUGUGGGUUCAGAGAGUUUGAGAUCAGGGAUUCACUGCUGGGAUGUUCAGGUUGGAAACAACACAGACUGGUGUCUGGGUGUGAAAACGGAUUCUGCCAAGAGGAACAACAGCGGAAACUUGUCUUGGUUAAGUUUAUUAAGGAGAAAGUGCUUUUAUCUGAAAUAUCACACUGGUGAAUACACUGCAGUCGGUACACCACGGGAAUGUCUGUCCCUCUCAGUGAAAGCUCAGAGAAUCCGAGUUGAGCUGGAUUGUGACAAAGGAAAUCUGUCAUUCUCUGAUCCUCUCACUAACACACACAUACACACUUUCACACACACGUUUAGAGGAUUUUUUCCAUUCUUCAGUGUUACCAGUAACAUUUGUCCCCUAGUGAUCUUACCUGUAAAAAAACACACUUAAAAAUUCAAUUCAAAUAGAGAUUUUAUUUUAUCAUUACAGUUAUCAGUUGUUACUAACGUAACUUACAUUUUAAUAUUAAUUCAGUUUUGUUUUUUUAUGUUUCAUGUAAGGGAUAAUGUAUAAGCAGCCGGUUAUUAACCCCAACAGUAUGAUCAUGCGAUAACAGCCGGCUUUCUAUACAUAAUCCCAAUUAUUACAAGGCUACUUACCUCAGAAGUAAGUUAUUGAACAUGAAAAAUUGAUUUGAAAUAUUUUAUUAGUUUAUUAGCAUUUUAACAAAUGCAGACCUUCCACAAGGAAAAAUAAUCAAACUGAUUUGCAGCAUCCGGGUUACCAUGUGUUAUUAAUAUUGAGCGGUUGUUAUCUGGGAAUAACAGACCUUGGAAUGUUGUAACUGACCAGUCAGAAUCAACUAUUCCAGAGCGCAAAAAUUCAUUUAUUUUCGGACUCAUGAUUCUGCUGUAGUGUCAAACUCUUUCAGACACGUCACUGCCACCUAAUAUUCUUACAAACCUUUAUACAAACUAUUAGAAAUAUUUGCAUGUAAUUUUUUUAUGAUGUUUCAAUGAUUUAGAUUCAUGAACGUUUUACAUAUGAUUUUUGUCAUUAUUCAAUUUUUACUUUUUUGUUCAUCUUUAUUUUUCCCUGAAUCCACACUGAAGUUUUGAGUGAAAUA